AUGGCAAACGACGCGCCUCCUGGGUUACUCUGCCCCCUAUGUUUAGUUCUAGGCCACUUGAAACGCCUCUUUCGAGCCACAAAUAUCCCCGUUGUUAUCGAAGAGGCCGAAGAGAACUUACAUGAUGAUACACACCAAGGCAGUAAGUCUCUGACAAUUGAAGAUGACGGCGACCCUAUCCCUGAUCACCUUAUAGGUAGCGUCACCACCGAUGAGGGGGGUUUCCUGGAUCCAGUAAAUGGUUUAGAUGAAGAAGAGGCCGUUUGCAACCUUACUGGAGUGUCGGAUAACCCAAAGAACUCAUCUUGGCGGCUGGGUGAUGCCAACACGCGCCCUUUGAUUUCAGCUACAUCUCGCAAUCCAACUGCAAGAGAUAUAUUGCGCUCAAACAACACAUCGGGUCCUUUCUGCAGAUCUUGCGCAGAAAACAGGGACCACUCUAGCCAGAAGUACAGAGCGGCAGUUUCACCGUUACACUGUUCAGGCUGCCGUCGGGACCAUCCAUCAUCCCUCUUCUCAGUAAAGCAACGGCAAGAGGAGCCCGAUACACGGAUCUGCAUCGGUCGAGAGGGACAUCUCAGGCUCCGUGAGCACAGAACAUUUGACUGGGACGAUGAAGUCAAGGCAACAUUCGAGCAUACGAAUGGCUACGCUUCCUGGGCCAGUGAAAUUGGUCUCGACAAGAGGGCCCAUCGGAGGCAGUCGCCCUGUCUAUUGUUUCCAGAGGAAGACCCUCUUCAAAUCGAUGCUAUGGCGUGCUUCAAGCCAUUUCGUUGCAUGUGCAUAGUCGACGGGAACGAGAGAGAGGGAAUCCAGCUGGAGGGCAUCGCUGGCUCGUUCAGCUGGAAUCCAUCUGCAAACGAGUGUCCCCAUUAUCACAGAGAGGAUCGGUGGUCUGGAGACGGCACGGCAUAUAUACAUACUGAAUUCUCGCGCUGUAGUAAACACGAUGGCUGCGUCAUAUUGUCUCACAGGCGCUCGAUACGGCGGCGCAUGUCUACUACCCAGGCUCUGGAGCCUUGCGACUCGCAAUGGUACCAGGCUUUGGACCCUUCGUCUCACGAUCUAGUCGACGAAAUCGAGUUCAAGAACGUGACGUGGUGCGAGGACGCGAGGUGUCGGAAUUUCUACAGGUUCCGGGAGUAUGCCAACGUGGGCACCUCGACGAGUUGA